CCUCUAGAUUACAGCUAGUGGCCGGACACUUCAAAGGGAGCAGAGGACCGCAGCCUGUCCAGCCUGGCUCUGCACCUCCAGGCAGUGGGCGAAGAAGCAGGAGAGAGGGAGGAGGAACCCAAAUACCUUAAGUCUGGGCUGAGCGAUUUCGCUCUGCGCCAAAGCUCUUCGCCAGAGCCCGGAGUGGGGCGUCCUCCAGGGGGAGACACAGCGACCCCCGCACCUCGCCCCUCGCCCCUGAGCCAUUGAGCCUGGUCAAGGAAGAGGCUCCGGUCAGGGAAGGGGAUCUAGAGCCAUGGCUGAGGCUGCCGAGCCCGAGGGGGGCGCUCCGGGCUCCCAGGGGCCGUCUGAGGACCCAGCGGUUCCGGCUGCGGGAUCCGAAGCAGAGGGACCGGAGGCCGGCGAGGGCACCGCAGCGGUGCCCAGCGGCGAGGGGACGCGCGCGCUGGAAGAGGAGGAGGGCGACGCGGGGCGCGCGAGCGAGGGAGGGGACCCGGGGGCAGAGGCGCAGGGCCACGGCGGGGUGCAGGACUCGGCUGAGGCCGAGGAAGAGACCGGGGAGGGGACCCAGGACGGCACCGAGGAGCCCCCGGCUGGGGAGGAGGCGGGCGGCGCCCAGCAGGUGGAAGAGGGCUCAGGGGAGGCUCAGAGUGGCCCCGGGGACGCCGCGGCUCCGGCGGCGCACGAGGAAGCAGAGUGCGGGCUGGAGAAGCCACCGGGGUUCAGCGUAGACGCGCAGGGCCCGGUAGGGGAAGGCAUGGACGCGGGAGGGGCACCUGGAGCGGAGGAUGAGCCGCAGGACGCAGGGGAAGGUGACCCCCAGCCCCGGCCCCAGGAGAGCGCGGAGCCCGGCCCGGAGGAGCGCAGGGAGGGUGCGGGGCGGGACGCGGCGGCCGCAGCCUUGGAGACUGGGUCUCCGGGGGCAGAAGGGUCGCAGGAUGUGGUCCCGAGGGACGCGAGGGCACAAGAUGCUGGUGCGAACGGUGACCCAGGAGAGCUCCGGGAGGGGACUGGCGGCGGGACGGGGGAGGAGGAAGAAGGGAAGGGAGAGCGGAGCCCCGAGAGACCCAGCCAGGAAGCUGCUCUGGGGGGCGAAGAGCAGCCCCCCGACGGCAGCAGAGAUGGGGAGGCGGCCGGGUCCCCUGGGGACGAGGACCCCGAGCCCCAGCUCAGCAACCACCUGGCGGAGGAGGGCAGCGCCCAGGGCGCCGACGAGGCUGCGGACGAAGCUGCGCCUUCCACGCCAGUGAACGGCCGCGAGGAGGACAGCGAGGCGGCUCAGGAAGGGGACCCGGGACAGGAGCACGACAUCACCCUCUUCGUCAAGGCUGGCUAUGAUGGUGAGAGUAUUGGAAACUGUCCAUUUUCUCAGCGUCUCUUUAUGAUUCUCUGGCUAAAGGGUGUUAUAUUUAAUGUCACGACUGUGGAUCUGAAAAGGAAACCCUCAGACCUGCAAAACCUGGCUCCUGGAACAAACCCACCUUUUAUGACUUUUGAUGGUGAGGUCAAGACAGAUGUGAACAAGAUUGAGGAGUUCUUGGAGGAGAAGUUAGCACCCCCGAGGUACCCGAAGCUGGGGACCCAACACCCUGAAUCUAACUCUGCAGGAAAUGAUGUGUUUGCCAAAUUCUCAGCAUUUAUUAAAAACACCAAGAAGGAUGCAAAUGAGGUUUAUGAAAAGAAUCUGUUGCGGGCCCUGAAGAAGCUGGACAUUUACUUAAACAGCCCUCUGCCUGAUGAAAUAGAUGCCAGCAGCCUGGAGGACGUCUCUGUUUCAGGCAGGAAGUUCUUGGAUGGGGAUGAGCUCACGCUGGCGGACUGUAACCUCCUACCCAAGCUGCACAUUAUAAAGAUCGUGGCCAAGAAAUACAGAGAUUUUGAAUUUCCUCCUGAAAUGACUGGCCUCUGGAGAUAUUUGGACAAUGCUUAUGCGAGGGAUGAGUUCACAAACACCUGUCCAGCUGACCGGGAGAUUGAGCAUGCGUACUCCGAUGUUGCCAAAAGGAUGAAGUGAGGCUGGAGCGCUCCUGUUUUAUUUCUCAACUAAAUGAGCUGCAAAAAGAGCGCAUUCUGUGUGUCUCCUGCAGCGCCGACCCUCUUUUGCAAAGUAACGCCAGUAGCCUCAUUAAAUACCAAAUGACACAUGGCCCAGUCAUAUGUCAGCUCAGCUGGUAUCUGUUAUCACCAGUUGCCUACUGUAUGUAAACUGAGUUUUUGACACUCACUGAUGUCACAGUCUGUGGUAUUUGGGGUGUGUGGUUUGCAGUUUAAGCUUCAAAGCCAAUUAGGUUUGGGUUUAGUUCCUUCCAUUUUAAAAAACUUGGGUCUGUCUUUGACAGGUUUAAUAAUCACACAUGGCCUGUUUUCUACCCUUAAAUAUUAGCUUAGGCUUUUUUUUUUUCAAAAUGUAAACACUUGUUAUAAUUAUAGUGAUAGAUACUGGUUUUAAAACAGUAUCAGAGAGAUAAGAGCAAGAAACAAAAAUCGCCUACAAUUUUAUCCCACUUGAUCACUGGUAAUUGGUUGGCAAAUGUCUUCCAAGUCUUGAGUCUGCUGUGUGAGCACAAAUACAGUUGCACUAUGCCAGUUGCAUCGUCUGUGUGGAUGUUAUAGUGGACUGGAAGAGGGACCUCUUGGUAGUGCCUGGCUAUCCAUCCACAGAGGACCUAAACAAAGAAAAAUGGUCAGCCCUACACAGCUGCUCUAAAGAGACCGGGGCAUGCAGAGUGUGCAGAGCCUUGGGGUCCCCUGGGAGCCCCUGUGAUGAAGCCAGCCACCUACCUGGUCACCACCUCGGAGCUGCCUCUGCCUCUGGUUCCAGCAAGGGCACCGGAGGAGGGGUGCACCUGAGCCUUUGGUCCCGGCUUCCUGUCUGAUGCUCUCUCUUUUCCCACCCCUCUCAUGCAGUCUGUGCCUCCAGAGGGACCCCCCACAGGGCUGGCCUGCGCUGAAAUGUGAACCAUGCACGCCUUGGUUCUUUCUCUGGGCUGCUCUCGCGAAGGUCCAGUCUUGCUGUUCUCCGAUGACAAUGAUGAUGGUGGUGAUGCCUUUGCCCAGUCAUCGCUGCCGCUUUGCUCUUUCAUCUCAUUUAGUGGUUGGGCUGGAAAAACCCAGGGAGAUGAAAUGCAUGGUGACUAUCGUGGGCAGUUCUGGUAAAUGGUCCCAUGAGGGCGGAAAUGGAAAAGAUUGACUCAAAGAGUUUCUGGUCUAUCUGUGGCUUUUUCUCCUCCAACCGUGUCACCCACCUGCAUCACAGUUGUGUGUGGGAGCUGAUGCUGGGCUCCACCCCCAGACCGGGAGAAGAGGUGAGGCUGCUCGGCCACUCCUCAAGACCUCCCAGGUUUGUCCUUGACAUUCACAGGCACCUCACAGAAAGCCUUCUUCUGCAGAGUCAGAUGAAGCUAAAAUGCUCAUUCUCUGUUCACACAUCUGCAAAAUGGGCGAUUGGUUUGAAAGCGAGUAAAACACACCAACAGCGGCAACCCUGGAAUGUGGUGAAAAUGCCUUGUCAGGAAACAGAGUCAUUGAUAAGGUGCCGCUUUCUUUGCUACUUCCUGGAUGCUGCAGAUUAAUGGCCGCAGCCUUCCCGCCCUGUCAACCAUGCAGGUUUGGAGGUGUCGUCUCUCCCGUCUCACUGGGGUCCAUGCUGUGACACAUCUGUUUAAGAGUCAGGUUUUUAAAUCUCAUUUUAUAAGGUUACACUUAAACUUGGUGAAUGAGUAGACAACCAGGUGUUACCAGCACCGAUUUUGUAUUUUUAGAUGUUAAAAUGAUCAGAAAUGCUGUGUGCCUUAAAAAUUAAAUGAAUUAUGAAAACAUAUAA